AUGAAAUUUUCUCUGCCACUCACCGAAAAUAACUACCCCAUCGUCUGGGACGCGUUAAUCGAACGUUAUAAUAAUAAAAGGGAAUUAAUCAACGCGCACUUGGAUGCGAUUUUCCAAUUUCACGUAUUGACUGACGAAUCCCUUCCAGAUUUGCAGCGCUUUCUGAGCACAUUCAACGAAAACAUUGCAGCCAUAGAUGCUCUUAACAUCGAGAAUGUAUCGGCAUAUUUGUUAUUUUAUAUCGCGUCCCGAGUCCUCGAUUCGACUACCAUUCGAUUAUUUGAGUUCGAGCAUCAUGGUACCGAGUUACCCACAUUUGAAAUGUUGUCAGAUUUUGUAAAGAUUCGGUGUCAAGUGCUAAAGAAUUCUACUUUAAACUCAACAAAUCAUAGUAAAUCCCGUGAUACGUUUAAAAAACAGGUUAAACACAAAUCUUCAUUCACAGUUUCCACCAAUUAUGCAGGUCCGUGUAUACUAUGUAAAGACUCUCAUGCAAUUUACCAAUGUCCCAAGUUUGUACAAAAAAAUGUUAAACAGCGUUUUAAUUUUGCCAGGGAUAAACAUUUGUGUAUGAACUGUUUAAGUAAUUCACAUAAAACGUCAGAAUGUAGCUCAAUACAUAAAUGUAAAUAUUGUGCUUCCAAACAUCAUUCGUUGUUGCAUUUGGGCACCUCUAAGUCACACAGCUCAUCCUCUACGAUGUCACCGGCUCCGGCUACUUCUGAAAUAACAUCGCCGACUACUAGUUCACCAAAUGACACACCAUUUUCCGGCACAACAACCACCCUAACUAACGUUGUACUCGGCACUGCUGUUGUUCGAAUACAAAAUAAUCACGGUGAAUGGAUAACUGUUAGAGUGUUGAUUGAUCCCGGGUCACAGGUAUCAGUUAUUACAAAUGCUUGUGCAUCGCGUCUAGGAUUAAAACGUCGACAGUGUAAGACAGUCGUAACCGGUUUAUCUCAAACGCCGGUGUCUACUACCAAAGGCUCGACGGAUUGUAUAUUGAUUCCCCACAACUCCAUGAGCCCACAAAUACCAUGCGAGCCCGUGAUUUUGUCCCGAAUUACUGGGCUUAUGCCGAAUACGACUUUGCCGGCUAGAAUUCGGGCAACAUAUGCACGUUAUGGUCUUGCCGAUCCGCAGUUUGACAUUCCGCGUCAAAUCGACUUCUUAUUAGGCGCAGACAUUUAUCCAUACAUCUUGGGACAGUGUUCCCAAGUUGUACAUACCCCGGGUUUGCCAUCGGUUUAUGAAACAAUGUUAGGAUGGAUAGUAUUGGGACAAUCGCACAUCAAAUUGGAUUCAUCUCCGUCGUCAUUAGUGCUUUCACCACAACCAUCAAUCAACGAUUUAAUACGUCAAUUUUGGGAAGUAGAAGAACCUACAGUAGCGAACAAACUGUUUACUAGUGACAAGAAACCAAGACCAUUUCUUACGCACGUCUCGGGAUGA